GCUCCUGUGAGGGAGAGGACAGCUGGUGGCAGAGCAGAGCAGGCCCUGUCCUCUUCAGUGUCAAAAUGCAGCCCACCGCCACCAUGGCCACAGCCUCCACUACCACUGCCACCAUUGCCCUGACAACGUGGGACAACGUAACCAUUCGCCCUACGGCUGAACCAGACCCCAUCCUGGAUAACUAUGUGCUCCUGGUGGUGGUGAUGUCACUGUUCAUUGGGGGCACUCUGGUCGUUCUGUCUGGUGUCCUGCUGCUGUGUAAACGCUGUUGGGAGGUCCACCAGCGCUUCAACAGGGCCAUGGAUGAAGCAGAGAAGACCACUACCACCUACCUGGACAAUGGUACCCACACUACCCAAGACCCUGACUUCAGGGGGGAGGACCCCGAGGGCCAGGACGCAGAGACCGAGCGCUUCCUGUCCACCAGUUCCACCGGCCGUCGGGUCUCCUUCAACGAGGCCGCCCUCUUUGAACAGAGCCGGAAGGCGCAGGACAAGGGCCGCCGGUAUACGCUGACAGAGGGGGACUUCCACCAUCUCAAGAACGCCCGCCUCACCCACCUCCAUCUGCCACCCUUGAAGAUUGUCACCAUCCAUGAGUGUGAUUCUGGUGAGGCCAGCUCAGCUGCCACGCCCCACCCGGCCAUUACCCCUAAGGACAGCUUGGCCAUUUUCCAGCCCCCGGGGAAGGCCCUCACCGGCCGCUCCGUGGGCCCUAGCUCCGCCCUGCCAGGUGACCCCUACAACUCGGCCGCAGGCUCUGCUGACUUCUCAGAGAUCAGCCCCUCGGCAUCCAGCGACUCUGGGGAAGGCACCUCGUUGGAUGUGGUUGCCAGGGGCACCAAGGCUGGCGGGCCUGGGGCUGCAGUGGCAUCUGGGGAGGCGGGCGCAGGUUCCGGGGCUGGCACCGUACUGCAGUUCCUCACUCGACUGCGCCGCCAUGCCAGCCUGGAUGGGGCCAGCCCCUACUUCAAGGUCAAGAAAUGGAAGCUGGAGCCCAGCCAGCGGGCAUCCAGUCUGGACACAAGAGGUUCCCCCAAGCGCCACCACUUCCAGCGGCAGCGGGCAGCCAGCGAAAGCAUGGAGCAAGAGGGGGAUGCCCCCCAUGCCGACUUCAUCCAGUACAUUGCUGGAGCCGGAGAUGCCAUGGCCUUCCCACACCCCCGCCCCUUUCUGGCCAGCCCCACCAGCCCGCCCCCCGCUCUCGGCAGGCUAGAGGCGGCCCAGGCGGCGGGAGGAUUGAGCCCCGAGUCCCCCCCAGAGCGCAGCAUCGGUUCGGGGCCUGAGCAGCAGCAGCAACAGCAAGAGUCGGACGCCGAGCAGACCCAGGCUAGCUAUCGCGACCUAUGGAGUCUGCGUGCCUCUCUUGAAUUGCAUGCAGCCACCGCCUCGGACCAUAGCAGCAGUGGCAACGACCGUGACUCUGUGCGCAGCGGGGAUAGCUCAGGCUCUGGAGGUGCGGCGCCCACCUUCCCACCGCCCUCACCACCCACGUCACGGCCCAAAGAGGGUGAAGGGCGUCGCCUAUUGCAGAUGGACAGUGGCUACGCCAGCAUCGAGGGCCGAGGCGUGGGAGAUGAUGUGGUUGAGCCGCCCACUUUCCCUGUCCCACCACGCAGUCCACCCCGCAGCCCACGAGCUUGGCCACGUCGGCCCCGCCGCGACUACAGCAUUGACGAGAAGACAGAUGCGCUUUUCCAUGAGUUUCUGCGCCAUGACCCGCACUUUGACGACACCCCAGCCGCUAUGCGACACCGCGCACGCGCACACCCGCAUGCGCGCAAGCAGUGGCAACGUGGUCGGCAGCACAGUGACCCUGGGGGUGCACGUGCAGCUCCGCCCCCUGGAGCCCCAGUUCCGCCUUCUGGUGUGCCUCGGCCAGCACGUGCACCCCUGCGCCGUGGUGACAGUGUCGACUGCCCACCAGAUGGCCGAGCGCUGACCAGCACAGGGGACGACCCUGCCAUCCCGGUCAUCGAGGAGGAGCCGGGUGGGGGCUGCCCUGGAGCAGGCCUGUGCGUGGAGCCCUCAGGGGCGCUGCUGGACAAGCUAGCAGCUGGUCUCGAGGAAAGACUCUUUCCCACACGCCUGGCAGCAGAGUCUGUGGCGGCAGCCCAGGCGCUGGUGGUGGCUGCAGCCCCCACCUCCCCCGACCACAGUCCAGCCUAAGCCCUGUGCCCCCAACCCACCUCUCAGCAGCUUCUUCGGCCCCAGUGGAGCCGUGGCAGUGGCAGGGCGGGACGGACCGGACCUCGGGGCGAGCCGGUGCACACAGGAGAACUGCAAGGACCCUUCACCAGGCGCAUGCACACAGCCCAGGCGCUCGAGCGGCCUCGGGUGCAAGGGCACAGUCCUGUGCCAGCCUCUGCGGCCCAAGUGAGUCCGCAUACAGCCUUCCUGCUGACCUUGCACCCUCCUGGUGAGCACAAACACCACCAGGUCCUCUGGGUGCUUAGUGGGUCUCAGUGGCAUCCUGAGGUGCGAAGCUCAAGACUCUGGCUUUGCUGGAGGGGGAUUCAUAAGUUCUUAUCAGGCUUCCAAGGACAGCAUUUGAUUGCCCUUGGUUCUAGGCAGCAAAUGGCUGCCACACACACACACACACACACAGCACAAAAUCUCAGGCUGUUGAGGACCAGGAGUCCUGAGGCAUACACAUAUCCCUUUGGGGGGGCUACUGAGCCUCGAAGAGGGGCACCAGUUGCCUGCUAGGUGCAUGCAUGGGCUUGCCAAGGCAGGGAACCCAAGAGGGAGGUUGAUGCCAACCAUUGAAAGCUGUUUACCUCACUAAUCCACAGUGUGUGUUCAUGGCAGCCUGAGCCCCCUCCCACUCCGAGCAAUAACCGUGUCUGCCACCGCCAAUGCUGCUGCUGCUGCUGCUGCCACUACGGCCCCUAUCUGGCCCUACAAGGAACCUCUGGGCCCUGGACACGGCUCCUCCCUGUGUGUAUCUUGUGCCCACCCAAUGCAUGUGGACAGUGCCCUGUCCUUGACUCAUCCCAUCCCUUCUGUGAAGCCGCUGGGGCUAAGUGUUUCAAAGUGGAUAAAACACAGCCCAGGCGGCAUGGCUUCAAGUUUCCCAAACUUUAUUUAUUGCCAAAAGAUGGGGCAGCCCUUGCCCAUAGCCAAGUGCCCAUCCUGCCCCUUGAAGCUUUCUGCCUAAUAUGUAACCAUCCAGUGAUGGAGUUUGUUGUGUAUUUGUUUUCUUGUUGAUUAUAAGUAUUUACUGCA